ACAGGUGGAAAGAAGUCGCUAUUCUCCGGAGAAUUUGUCAUCCCAAUGUGGUCAAAGUAUACGAUGUAUAUGAGACCGAUUACCACGUUCACAUCAUCCAGGAGUAUUGCUCCAAAGGCAGUCUAUUCAGAGAGGUAAAAUUCAGGCAGCGAAGUCUCAGCACGAACACAACAACGCCCUCAAGCUCAACCAAUUCUACGGAUACAAUGAACUUUAAGAAAAUUGCAUCAGUUGGAGACGUACCGCUGGUAUUCAAAAGAGCUGUACAGCCUCCAAACAAUUCACAAAUUCAUACCUCGCGCCCAAUGGUCAAUUUAGACAAAUCGAGGACGGCGUCUUCGAAGUCCGCUACUGGCGAUGGCCCACUGGUGCACGUUGACAAAGUAAGCGAUUCAGAAAUCGACAUUAAGGUGUCGAGGCCGGACUCUAGUCAAACAUUACAGCCGUCGUUUAAAGGUGCAAAGCGCGAGAAGAGUGUUCAAAACUUUGCGGCUAUGUUAGAGUCCGAGCAUAUGACAAGCGAAGAGUUACAAUCAUACCUCAUGCAGAUAGCCGUAACAAUCGCCUUUUUACAUAAGCACGGCAUCGUCCAUGGUGACAUUAAACUCGAGAAUAUUGUGAUUACGGAUACCGGAAUAGCCAAGCUUAUUGAUUUUGGUAUGGCUGUAGAUACAGAUGCUAGACGCAAAUCAAUAAUUUUCAAUGGCCAUGAUAAACCAGAGGGUGGGACCCUCGGUUACAGUGCACCCGAGCAUGUCACGCCUAGAUCUGGUAUCAACACUGACGGGAGCGAGCAGAGUCAGAGUAAUAGUACGCGCGGGGACAAGAUACAUUCACUUCCAUCAUUUGGAGAUAUGGUGACCGGUUUCAUCGACGGAGGUUCCAGCGAUGCCGCUGCUGUGGAUGCGUGGGCGUUUGGGGUCGUCGUGUUUACCUCACUUCUGGGCAAGAAGCCGUGGACCGUAGCGACACAAAAAGAUCCUAGCUUCCGGCGGUACAUGAAGUCUGGCUUUAGUGCGGAGGAUAUGGAGUGUGUACCAGCGGACCUGAGGACUAUGUUGACCCGCCUAUUGAAUAUCAAUGUCGAGCGACGGUAUACCAUGGAAAAUGCCGUGACCUGCAUGCAACAAGUUUGGGGAUUCGAGCACGUGCCAGAUGAAGACGACGCGUUCGUAAAUCCGGCAGAAGGCAAUCUACUGGGCGAUCUGAUCUUGGAAAGUGGCAAGAGGAUGCUUGCGAUGUUUUAUGAGGGAUAGGACUAUCGCAAAUAUAUUGAGUUUUUUAAUACCCCCAUACAGCGUUGUCAGAUAUCUAGCUAUUUUUAUCUCCCAUGGAAGAUUUUCUGUGCACACCCUGACGAUUACCAUUCCUGUACGGCGAUGAACUGGGCGAUAAAACAGCAAUUUGUGGUAGCCCAUUGCUGCACUUUAGCGGUACAAGUAAUUUUUUCUUCUUCUUCAAAAUGUGCCUUUAUGACGAACCACAUACUCGACAUCAACGUAUUACAUAGUAGGGUGCGAAGACUCGCCAAAGCCGCCUCUCAUGUUGAAUAUGCCAUUUUGGUAGCCGGUUUCAACAGCACAAGUAUAUCUACACGAGUGUUGUUUGAGAAUCCGAAAAAGUGCACACCCGCGAACCACACAUCUGAGCUUCUAGACUGUCGUCUUCAGCGUCUGAGGUAUGAGGAGUGAAACAAUAUUGAGAAAUUAUUCCUCAUGGAAUACGCAGAUACGUAGACCUCUUUGCCUUAAAACGAACAAAGUCCGUUUAAGACCAAACAUAGUUCCACUGCGCUACACCUGGAGAGGACAUCGACAGCCUAUAGUAGAAAACAACGCAGGUAUCAAACUAUCAACGUGAAAUGAAAUACCACCUCAGGGUGAGAAACGUGUAUUUUGCUCCCAGUCAGGUGGUCAUUUCGCCGUGUCCAAAUUAAAGGUUUUGUAUUUUCAGAGCUUUUACAACCCAGUGUGGCAGUCCUCAUCAAGUACCAUGUGAGCACAUGUAUCUGAUUUUCCUGGUUUUUUAAUCCUAUUGCAUAGCAUAUAAUAAACCGCAUCAAUGAACGAGG